UCGCUUGAUAGUAGUGUACGAUUCCAUAGAUAAAAGGGUUCUGGUGCAUGGUCAGUUUUCCGUCAUAACUAGACCAGGAACCGAAGCGAAUUGUGAUAAGAUUUAACAUCUCUCUCUUGCCUUCCGUUUUCAUCUCGAGAAAUAGUUACUGUGUUAUUAUAAAAUAGGUAAAAAUGAAAUCAAUUUAUGAAGUUACACCGGUGCUGCUAAGUGUGUUCAUGAUAACGCAAGUGACAAAUGCAAAUGAAAUUGAAACUAGAAUAAGCCAGCUAUUACGGAAUCAAUCUUCUCCGAUAGAUUUGGAUGCAUUUCCGGGAGAAUCAUGUCUGAGAAGCUGUAAAGACACUCGACCUAGAGUUUGCUACUUUAAGUGGACACUGGAACAUUACCACGUUAUGGGACCAGCCUGCAAGCAGUGUGCCCGAGGCAACCACACCGACUGUUACCACCACUCAUGCGUCACUGCCGACGGCGUGGAACGGGGCAUAAUGUCCAUCAACCGGCAGGUUCCGGGACCAUCGAUACAGGUCUGCAAGGACGAUCUGAUUGUGGUGGAUAUAACUAAUGCCAUGGGAGGCACGGCUGCAUCAAUUCACUGGCACGGAUUACACCAACGGGACACACCCUACAUGGACGGGGUCCCAUUCAUAACGCAGUGUCCGAUCGAGUUCUCUAGCACCUUCCGGUAUGGCUUCUGGGCCACCGAACCGGGCACUCAAUUCUACCACUCACAUGCCGGCCAUCACAAGGUGAAUGGACACUACGGUGCAAUGAUCAUCCGGCAACCGGAAGUGAACGAUCCCAAUGCUGAUCGGUACGAUUUUGACCAUCCGGAUCACACCCUCCUCGCGUCCGAUUGGAUGCAUGUCGAUGGGGAAAUGUUCAUGCCCGGCCUUCCCUCGGCCGAUGGCAUUAUGCCCGAAAGUCUGCUCAUCAAUGGGAAGGGUCGAAUCCUGGAUGAGGAUACCAAACUCCCAACCCAGGCACCACUGGAAGUGUUUCGGGUGGUCAAGGGAGGUCGCUAUCGGUUCCGUUUCAUCAAUGCCGCCAGUCACGUGUGCCCACUGGAAUUGCAAAUCGCCAACCACACGCUCGAGAUAAUUGCGAGCGAUUCCUUCAAUCUGCAACCAAUCACGGUGAACACCCUGGUGACGACGUCUGGCGAACGAUACGAUUUUGUCCUGAAUGCGAACCAACCGACUGGCGACUACUGGAUCCGUCUGAGAGCGACAGGGCCAUGCGAAAUCCGAGAGCUGUCUCAGUUGGCUGUGCUUUCCUAUCGAAGUUGGUCCGUUCCGGAGGAGGAAAUUGCCUUCCCACCGGCCUCAUCGGCAGAGGACACUAUGGACUAUCAUGAGUCGCUGUUCGAAAACACCACUUACGCAAAUCAUCCCAAUACAACAUGUGGUUCGUCCAGGCCGGAUGUUUGCAUUACGGACUUCCAAGCGUAUGAGACCGAUGAAAGUGUAGUAAGCGGAACCCCGGAUCAUGAAUUCUUCCUGGGAUUUAGAAACACUCCUUUGCCAUUUGAUAUUGCUUUCGCUGAAAACAGUCACGAGCACUUUAUGAACAUUCGUAACAACAUCAUACUGCAGGGAGUAAUCAACAAUCUAAGUUUCACAUAUCCGCCUUUCUCGUUGCUCACCCAGACGGAACUCAUCGAUGAGAGUAUGUUUUGUGACAUUCACAAUCGUCCUGAACGAUGCUCAGACCAAACGUUAUGUACAUGCAUCCAUCGGCUCAAAAUUGAGCUUAAUUCACUGGUUGAACUCAACAUCCUGGAUUUAACGCCGGAAAUCAACGAUUUGAACCAUCCUUUUCACCUGCACGGCUACCCAAUGUACGUUAUGGAGAUGUACCAAAACCGUUCCCAAGCCAUCACAAUACCGCAAGCUGUAAGACGGGCACGCGUAAGAUCGCUGCUGCCACGUGUCCGAACAGGCGACCUGAAACAGUUCCCUGCGGUCAAGGACACAGUCUCGGUUCCGAGCAAAGGAUACACCCGGCUAAGGUUCCGAGCCGAUAAUCCUGGCUUCUGGCUGAUGCACUGUCACUACGAAUGGCACACGGCCGUGGGAAUGGUUCUGGUUCUGCAGGUCGGCGAACAUGAAGAUUUCGUAAAAGCGCCUCCCAAUUUCCCCACCUGCAACAAAUACACGCCGGACGUUGACAAAAGCUUAUUUGGUCUGUGA